GCCUUUCCUGCUGAGAGGAGCCUUUCCACUGGUGUUCAAGCUCUGCUUUGCAAUAAACGUCUAUUCAUCCCAACGUCACAGCAACUUCCUAUUUAUUAUUAUUUUUAUAAUCUUUUUUUUUUAAUUUUUUUCCCCUUUGAAAUCUAUUUUUUGCCUUCUACUCUGGAGUUAAAUCUCAUCUUACGCAGGCAGCAUCUCUUUAAGAUCUUAUAAUUUUACAGAUUUUUAGAAAUCUGAUGAGAACAGCUUAUACUUGACCUUUAUUUGGACUCCUUCUAAAUUCAGGUUCAACAAUGGUGGAUGCAUCUUUGAGUUCCUGGCACAGCUUGCCAACGUUUCAUUAGAAAUGUUUUUUCCAAUCAGUCAGUCUAGAGCUGACUGAUUAAAUAUGGGAUGUGCUUCGGCUAAGCAUGUAUCUACAGUACAGAACGAGGAAGAUGCUCAGAAUGGCAAGAAUUUCCAGAAUGGGGAUGCAUUUUGUGAUGAAUACAGAAUCAAGCCAGUUGAAGAAGUCAAAUACAUGAAAAAUGGGGAAGAGGAAGAGCAAAAAAUUGUGUCAAAGAACCAAGAAAACUUGGAAAAAAGUGCCACUUACAAUGUCCGACCUAAAAGUAAUAGUGAAGCACCAGGACCAGGACAUCAGCAUCGGAUAAACAUACACAUCUCGGAGAGUCAGCAGGAGUUUUUCAGAAUGCUGGAUGAGAAAAUUGAAAAGGGUCGGGAUUACUGCUCAGAAGAGGAAGAUAUCACAUAGCUUCGAUUUACGGUGAAAUAAUCUGAUGAAUGCCGCUGGAUAUUUUCUAUAAGACAAUAAACAACAAAUAGAUCUCACUUACCAUCAUAAAAUGCAGUAUUCAAAACAAAAAAAAACUAAUGAACAUUGGACUUCUAUAAUCAUUUUGCUGCUGACUUUAAUGCUAUAUCUUUGCAAACGCUUAUUGAUUUGGAUCUUCGAUAUGGCUGUCCUGACAAAGCAGCUGGCAUACUGUGGUAAGAGAUUUAAUUGCUUCCAAAACUUAAUCCCUUCAGUGCUCAAGGGGCCCUCUUUGCAAGCAUUGCUGGCAGAAUGGGGCGUUAAUAGAUGGCUGUGCAAUGAAUUAUGGGAGUGAGUGGUGACUUGGCUGAGCCAAACUUUAUUUUUAGUCCAGUUAUCAAUAGGACUGUGGUGGAUUCUCUUUUUUUCUUUCUUUCUCUCUCUUUUUUUUUUUUUUUUUUUUGGUCCUUUCCCCCCCGUUUUAGGAAGAGGUGUACACAUAGGAUGUUAUACUGAUGAUGUUUGACCUGCAGCUUGUUCUGUUUGCACAUACAAGUGUCCGCGACCAUUUGAAUCCUCCCUUUUUUUCUACUAAAAUAAAAGUUAGUGAGUUUUUAUGUU